AUGGAAACUUUCAAAAGAAGUUGUAACUUUGAAGGAAUAUAUAUAUUCCACCUAUUUAAUAAAUUAUUUUUAUUUGGAACAUUAUUGUUUAUAUUCACGAACACAAUAAAAUGGGAUUAUAACAAACAUGAAAAUAAUGAAUUUUCAGAAGUAAUACGAUAUAACAGAAACUUAUCAUAUUCCCCAGAAGGCAUGGAAUUGUACGAUGAAGGAUACUUUCAUGGGGGCGGUAUAAAAUUAGAAAAUAAUAUGAUGCCUCCAGAGUUUGAGAUUAAUAUGUUACCUGAAUAUUAUGGUAUGGGGAAUAUGGAAUAUGGCUAUGGCAUAAAAAAUAAACAAAUUUUAAAAAAUAUUGAUACAAACUAUGGAGACAUACAAAGAAUAACAAAUUUAGACUCUUUAAAAACAAAUAAUUUUAAUGAGAACAAUAAUGUUGCUACAAAAACUAAAAAUAAUUCAAAGAUAUUAUAUGGUUUUCAAAAAGAUAAAAAAUCCCAAAGCAAACCAAAGGUAGAAAAUAAAAAGGUUCUUUCUAAUAAUAAAAUUGAAUUGAGUAAUAAACAAAUUAAUGGAGACAUUAAUAUGCAUAAAGAAGUAAAAUUUUCAAACAAAGUUGAUGAUAUUAACAUUGAGGAAUAUAUUAAAUUACAUCCCAAUUCAGAUGUACACAGAGUCCUUAAUCAAUCGGGAUUUAAAAAAAAUGACGGAGUAGCGUUUGUACCUAAAAUAAACCAUGAUUACACAAAUAAAAAAAAUAUUUCCAUAGAAGAAAUACCAAAAAUUGUUGAAAGCAGAGAGAAUAAAAAAAAAAAAUCUAAAGAUAUGCUAAAGAAUAUUCCACAUAAUGAUCACGGUUUAAAUAAAUUAAAUCAAAAUGAGAAGGAGAGAAUAAAGGUGGUACGUAACGAAUCAAUAACCACAAUUUUGGAUCAAAUAGAAAAUGAUUCUGACCAAAUUAAUUCUAUAAUAAAAUCGCCAAACAAACAAAAUAACCUAACAGUAAAUGUAAAAAUGCAUGGCCCGAAAAAUUUAAAAAAUAAUACACAAAUAGAGAUACUCGAAAAACUAAAAGAGGAAAUAAAACCAGAAGAUGAAGAACUCAGGAUAAUAAUACAAGAAAAAGAAAAAGAACUCAAAGAGAGUAUAAAAAUACAAGAACAAGAAAAAGAACUCAAAGAGAGUGUAAAAAUACACGAAAAAGAAAAAGAAAAAACGAAAAAGAAACCUUUUUACAAAGUAAUAUUCAAUAAAAUAAAAAAAAAAUUUGAGACAUAUUAUAUUCGAGGAUUUGGAAAAGUUCUUUUAAUAGUAAUUUUUUUUCAUUUAAUUGUUUUGUUAUUAAUAAUAUGUUAUGUUAUAAGUGUAAUACGUCCAAAAACAAAUAAUAAUACGCCUUCGAAUAGAGGAUCACGAUUAUAG